AUGAAAAUGUUUCUUGUGAUGUUUUUGGUACCCAAAAUAGUUACUCUGAGCUGCCCUGCAAGUGAUGCUUUCCUUGUCCCACAUGAGUGGUAUCAGCCUGGUGACUUCAUCGUUGGUGGGAUUACAUCUCACAUGGGCUACCACUUUUUUGAAUUUAAAUUUAGAGAAAAUCCUUCUAAAAAAUCUUAUGACACACCAAUUAUAUUGCUCAAAUUCCAUCAACAUGUCCUCGCCUUGGCUUUUGCUGUGAAGGAGAUCAACGAGGACUCCCGGAUCUUACCUAAUGUAACUCUUGGAUUCCACAUCUAUGACAGUUACUCCAAUUCAAGGAUGACCUACCGCACCACUCUGGACCUACUAUUCAAAUCCCAGGAAUUUGUCCCCAACUACAUGUGUGAUAAGGAGAAGAAUCUCAUGGCUAUCAUUGGGGGACUGGAUUUUGUCACAUCCUCUUCUAUUGCUGAAAUUGCAGAAUUCUUCAAAAUUCCCCAACUCACAUAUGGCUCAUUACCCCAAAAGGAAUUUGAGACCAGUAAGCUAUCUUCAGUUUAUUUCAUGGUUCCCAAAGAGGACCAUCAGUACAUUGGGAUCAUCCAACUAUUUCACCAUUUCAGGUGGACGUGGAUUGGGAUAUUUACUGUUGAUAACAAUGAUGGAGAAAAUUUCUUACAGAAAAUGCUGCCCUUGCUUUCAGAGAACAGAAUCUGCUCAGCAUUCGUAGAAAUGCUUGCACCACUGAUCCACUUUGAAGACUAUACAGAAGUAUAUCUAAGAAUCUCUAGUAUUACCAUAACUUGGAUAAAUAGCAAAGCCAAUGCAUUUCUCGUCUAUGGAGAAUCAGUGCCAAUUAUAUGGCUGACAGUUGUCACAUUUUGGUCAGAUCCUGAAAGCAAGGGAACUGCAUUAUAUAAAAGGGUGUGGAUCACGACUGCACAGAUUGAUUUCGUAUUAUCAGGAUUUCAAAUCCAAUGGGGUCUCCAGAUGUUCCAUGGGGCUAUUUCCUUCACCAUUCAUUCAAGACCAGUUGUAGGUUUCAGGGAAUUUCUUCAGACCAUUAAUCCUCUUUCAGUCCCCAGAGAUGGGUUUCUGCAGGAGGUUUGGGAACAAGCAUUUGAAUGUUCAUUUCCAAAACCAGAGUUACAAGAAAUGCCAAGUAGGAAAUGCACUGGAGAGAUGAAGCUGGAAGAUCUUCCUAGUCCUGCCUUUGAAAUGGAGAUGACUGGCCAAAGCUACAGCAUAUACAAUGCUGUUUAUUCUGUGGCUCAUGCUUUGCAGGUUCUGUACACAUUGCAUUCCAAUAGAAUAAAACCUAUGAUGGAUAAAAAUCCUAAAUGUCCACAUCUCCAGCCUUUGCAGCUCCAUUCACAUCUUCAAGGCAUUUCUUUUAACAAUUCAGCCGGGGAGAGAGUGUUCCUAAAUGAGAAAGGGGAAGCAAGAGGUGGUUUUGACAUCAUCAACUUGAUCACUUUUCCAAACAGAUCCUUUCAGAGAGUGAGACUUGGAGAGAUGGAUCUAGAGGCUCCAAAAGGAAAGGAAUUAUUCAUUGAUGAAGAUCUAAUUGUCUGGCACCCAGCUUUUAACCAGGUUCUUCCAUUAUCUCAAUGCAAUGACCCUUGUUUUCCUGGAUCCUGGAAGAAAGGAAAUGAGGGGAAAGAGUUCUGCUGCUAUGACUGUGUGACAUGCCCAAAAGGGAAGAUUUCAAAUCAAACUGAUAUGGAUGACUGUUCUCAGUGUUCAGAAGAUCAUUAUCCAAAUCAAGAAAAGAAUGGAUGUAUCCCAAAACUGGAGGUGUUUCUAACCUUUGAAGAAACUUUAGGAAUUGGUUUAACUUCAGCAGCUCUUUCUUUCUUCUUCUUGACCACUUGGGUACUUGGAACCUUUAUUAAGCACAAGGAUACUCCCAUUGUGAGAGCAAACAACAGGUCCCUCACAUACACCCUGCUGGUCUCACUCCAACUCUGUUUUCUAUCCUCUUUGUUGUUCCUCAGCCAACCUAGCAAAGUGACCUGCCUUCUCCGUCAACCAAUGUUUGGCAUCACUUUCUCGGUGGCCAUUUCUAGUGUUUUGGCCAAAACUAUCACUGUGGUUGUGGCUUUCAUGGCCACUAAACCAGGAUCUCAGAUGAGGAAAUGGGUAGGGAAAAGAUUGGCUCUUUCUAAUGUACUUUCCUGUUCUAUCAUACAAGCAUGUAUUUGUAUCCUUUGGUUGUCAACAUCUCCCCCAUUUCCUGAGUUGGACAUGCAUUCACAGGCCCAAGAAAUGAUUUUACAGUGCAAUGAGGGGUCAGCUUUCUUCUUCUACUGUGUGUUGGGCUACAUGGGUAUCUUGGCCAUUGCCAGUUUUAUUGUGGCUUUUCUUGCCCGUAAAUUACCUGACACUUUUAACGAAGCCAAGUUCAUCACCUUCAGCAUGUUGGCCUUUUGCAGUGUCUGGAUCUCCUUCUUUCCAGCCUAUCUGAGCACAAAAGGAAAAGCCAUGGUAGCUGUGGAAGUCUUCUCCAUCUUGGCCUCCAGUGCUGCAUUACUGGGAUGCAUAUUCCUGCCAAAGUGCUACAUCAUUGUUCUCCGGCCUGACCUCAACCAGAGAGAGCAACUCACAAAGAGAAAUUAG